CAAAGUUAGGUUAUGUUAGUUUUCAUUUUCAUUUUCAUUAACUAGUUUAAUGUAUUUCGUGGUUUACUUAAAAGUUAAUUCGGUUUACCAUAAUCAUUAACAAUUCUAUAAUAUUUCAACAACCUUGAAAUUGUAUAAUCCUAUAAUAAUAAAAUAAAGUUUGUGAAUGCUAAUGUUUGAUAGUAUAAUAAUGAAGCACUACCUAUGUACUACAACUGCUGUAUUCGGUGUUAAUACAAUAAUCAUGUAAAUGAGUACGAAAAAUUGAAGAACUGUAAUUUUUGACUUUUCGAGUAAAAUAAAAUUUUAUGUAGCUAUGGCGUUAGUAGAGGGUUUUGGUGGUGAAGUUAAUCAGUUUUUUGGUGUACUGUUCGUUGUUGUGCUAAUCGUAUUGAUAUGGAUGACUCCACAAGUGGACGAAAUGCAAAUAUUUCGUGAUGAUGUUUUUAUUUUGGAAAGGCGUACAAGAAGACGACACCAUGAUGCUACAAGGGCUGCACCUUUAGUUCCUAAUCAAUCUAUUAGCGAACAAUCAGCAACGGAAACCGUUCCAUUAAAUGAUGUGAUUCAAACAAAUUCAACUUUAAGCAAUGAUAAUCCUGAAAAUAAAAAUUAUAAUCCUGUUGCUACAAAAAGUGAUGUGACUGAACAGUUCAAUGAUACCAAUGAUAUUGAUAAUGAACCACAAAUAUAUGAGGACUCUAUAAGAAUACGACUUAAGUAUUUAAAUGACAAUUGUCGUUUAGUUCAAGGCAGGUUACAAGAAACUAUUGGAGUUUUCAAAAGGAGACAUUUUACUAAUGAGUUAACAUCCAAUAACAUUAUUCAUUUGAUAUUUCAAGGAAAGGUAUUACAUUAUGAUGAAGCUUCACUGAGUAGUUGUGGUCUUCAUGAUAAUUGUGUUGUACUCUAUUCUAUACAUCAGCCACGUCCUACAGCUAAUGCUCAGCAAUCCCCUGAUCCUGUAAACCAAGAUACUGCUGAGCAACCACUGCCAAACACUAUACGUCAUGGUCAUCAUCAACCUUGGGGUCCAGAUCAACUUGAAUGGAACUUUGAAACAUUUUUAACUGCUUUAGACUCAUUAUGUAUGUCAUUAUAUGUUGCUAACUUUCUCCAGUCUCAAACAUCGUUCUCUACGGGUACACAGGCAAUAAUAACUGCAAUUUUUUUUUUCGCCAAAUUUUUAACUGAUUUGAUUUACAAUGAAGAGUAACAACAUCAUCUACCACAAUUAAAACACAAUUAGUUUUAUAUUUCAAUACUUCAAAUCAAAGUAAGCACAAAAGCAAAUUUCAAUAUAUUUUAAAAUGUAUGUAAUAAGAUUGUAUAACUACAUGGUUUCCAAUUUAUACAGCUAAUAUUUUAUUUUUAUUUGUUUUACCAGGACACUAAAUAUUAUUUUUAAAUGAUUAAACUAUUACUCUAUAUAAACUAGUUGAAAUUUUUAUACAUGUUGUA